CCACUCUCUCUCUGCGCACAGUCCGCCUCACUGACUCGCAGAACCAGUUGGUUUGGCCCAGCUUCUUCUCCUUCUUCUUCUUCUUCUUCUUCUUCUUCUACUGCCUUCUCACUGCUGUGUGUGCUGCUGUUGCUGCCUGGUGCUGUCAACCUCCACAGAAGAGAGAAGAAGAAGAAGGCAUAUCCCUCCCUCUCCUCUGUUUCCAAUUUGCCUUCACUUUCCUCCUCGCCGGCUCCAUUGGCUUCCGUGCCGUGCCAGUCAACUCGCCUCCUUUCUCCCAGCCCCGAGUUGAGCAGCAGCAACAGCUCGGAAACAUCUGGCCGCCGCAGAGUGCCCGUCCCUCCGCCUGCUCACCUCGGCUCGGCUGCCUGUUAUGGAAAUUAGUCCAAAGUCAAUCUAGUUUUGUCUCCGGAGGGAAAAACGAAGGAGGAUUUGACGAAGGAAGACGUUGGACCGUGUUGUCUAGAGAGCAAGCGAGGAAGAGAGAGAGAGAGAGAGAGAGAGAUACACAGCCAUUCCCAGCCAGAGAGCCAAGCUAUUCUGCUACAGUGGAGUUAAUCAAGUUGAUGCAUACUGCUGCAGGUUAUGAGGACGGCAAGAUGGAGUUCCCAGACCACAGCAGACAUUUACUCCAGUGUCUAAGCGAGCAGCGGCACCAGGGCUUCCUGUGCGACUCCACGGUUCUGGUGGGCGAUGCUCAGUUCCGGGCCCACCGGGCUGUGUUGGCCUCCUGCAGCAUGUACUUUCACCUCUUCUACAAGGACCAGCUGGACAAGAGAGACGUGGUGCACCUCAACAACGACAUUGUCACAGCCCCAGCUUUUUCUCUGCUCCUGGAGUUCAUGUACGAGGGCAAGCUGCAGUUCCAGGACCUUCCCGUGGAGGAUGUGCUAGCAGCGGCCAGCUACCUGCACAUGUAUGACAUUGUCAAGGUGUGUAAGAAACGUUUGAAGCAGAAGUCCCCGACCGAGGCGGACAGCACGCGCAGAGAAGAGGACGGCGGCUCCAGCUGCUCCGACAAGGCCGACAGUCUCUCAGAAGGAUCCACAGGCCGGCCUGCUACUGCCGACCUGCUGCCCAGCGACGAAGACGAGGAGGCCAAGGCCGAGCGAGGAGCGAUGUGGCUGAGACUGCCGUCUGCAGACAGAUCAGGGACGCCAGCCACGGCUACAACCAGCCCGGGGCACACAGAGGCGGAGACCCAGGCUGGGGAAGGAUUGAGGGAGGGGGUGAAGCGGCUCUCCCCGGCCGGCAGCCCCUCCAGCUCCACAGGGUCCCUCUCGCAGCGCUCACACCGCUCCGUCAGCUCUCGUGGAGGGCAGCGGGGCAGGAGGGUGUCAAACGAUGCAGCGGACUGCGUCCUGGACCUGUCAGUCAAGCCGAUCGCCGGUAGCAACCACAGCAAUCACCACCAGUCGUAUUUCAGCGGGGCAGCGACGCCAGACAGGCUCCAAAGCCCAUUGGCUGUGAGGGUGAAGGUGGAGAGGGGCGUAGCUUCGGAAGAGGAAGAGGAACUCGGAGGUGGGGACUAUGACAUGGAGCACAGCGGCAUCACCAAGGCCACAGUUCCCAUCACCAAUGGGGGCCUCGGGCACCACGGGGUCGGCGGGCCCCUGUCGGCCCAGAGGAGGCUCGGCCUGGAGGCCCACCUGUCCGCUCUGCGAGAGGCCUCCCUGGCCUCAGAGAUGGAGCGGGAGGAGAAGCCCUCGGCCACAGCGGACGACGAGGACAUUCUGGGGGGCGAAAACGAGCGCGCCCAGGCCGAGGUGGCCAGCAUGGACAGCGCCCUGCUGCCCUACGUCUCCAACAUGCUGUCAGCUCAACACACUCAGAUCUUCAUGUGCCCGCUGUGCAACAAGGUGUUCCCCUCCCCGCACAUCCUGCAGCUCCACCUCAGCUCCCACUUUAGGGAGCAGGAGGGCAUCCGCGCCAAGCCCGCCGGAGACGUCAACGUGCCCACAUGCACCAUCUGCAGCAAGACCUUCUCCUGCAUGUACACGCUGAAGCGCCACGAGCGGACACACUCCGGAGAGAAACCCUACACCUGCACCACCUGCGGCAAGAGCUUCCAAUACUCACACAACCUCAGCCGGCACGCCGUGGUGCACACGCGUGAGAAGCCGCACGCCUGCAAGUGGUGCGAGCGGCGCUUCACGCAGUCCGGGGACCUCUACCGACACAUCCGCAAGUUCCACUGCGAACUGGUCAACUCAAUGUCGGUGAAGAGCGAGCCGCUGGCGCUGCCUAAUGUCAGGGACUGGGCGAUCGAGGACAGCUCACAGGAACUGUGGAAGUAGAAACACACUGCAGGGUUUGAUAAAGGGAAAGAGCGGAGAGUGAAAGAAGGGCAGAGAGGCAUUGGGGGGUGAAAGGAAGAAGGCAGAGUUGAUAUGAGGGGUUCAAGAGAGUCAUGUUCGUGUGUGUCGCAAAAUCUCAUUCAAUUGCACUUUAAUAGCACAUGAAAAUGUUACUACUGAGUUUUUUUGUUGUUGCUGUUUGGGGUGAUUUUGUUUUGUUCUAUUUUAUUCUGAACUCUUAUUAUUAUUUGGCGUUAAGUUCUGUUUUGGUGGUUUUUAUUGCGUCUAAGGACGAGGGUCCCAGAGAGAAUGUCUCGCCUUCUGGGAGAGUUUUCACUCCGUUCGUGUUUCAUCUCAGACAAAAACACUCCGACGCUGGCCCCAGAUCCUCAGACAGCAAACGCCACCGCAAGAGUUCAGGUCGAACACACUGAAGUGAAAAUACAAUACACUAAACGGGUACUGUGAUCAGCACACACACACACGGUUUGAAGAAGUGUGUGUGUGAUACUGCACUACUCUGGCAAAAAUUUCACCUGACGUGCGUGAGUGUGUAUGAGUGUGUUUUGUGUGUAUUAAUUUUAUUUUCUACUGGCAUGGAGGUGUGGUUGGCGAGGCGCUUCUCGCUCUUUGGUGGUGUGUGUUCAGGGUAACGCUGACUGACUGACAGACUAACUGAUGGCACUCAUGCAAUGCACAGCCUCCUUUUUUCACUUCCAAUCAAUUUGAAGUAUUUUCUAAAAAUGAAAAGACCUUUACAGAUUAUUAUAAUAAUUAUUAUUGUUAUUAAUAGCAUUUUUUCUUAAAUCUAGCUGGCAGUCUUUAAACCAUCUGUUGUUGGAAAGGUAUUUAAUUUAAGGUUGUUGUAUAUUGUUCUGCUAUAGUUUUAGAAUUUAAAUCCGUUACAUUUUUUUAAAAAUUAAUUAUUAUUAUUAUUAUUUUGUUACUUUUUUUGUAAUGGGACCUGCUGUUGUUGCAUGAUGUCCAAACCUGUAUAUUUUAAAAUACAAAUGUGAAUUUGCUGUAUUACUGUACACAUUGUAAUUGAUCAAAUAUUUGACAACAGGCUUUCUUUUUCUUUUCUUUGUGAAUACUACUCCAGGGUGCAGUCUGUUGAAAAGCUGAAUAUAUUUCUCACGACGUUGGGGGAAAAAAUGCAUGAGAAUUUGAUUUUGUCUUAAACCUUUUUUCAGUUGUGGUUUUGGCAUCAGGCGGUGGGUGGGAGGUGUUGAACGUAAAACUUUUGACCGUGAAAAGUUGGAUUUUUCUGCUCGUUGUAGUUUCUGUCGCUGGGCUCGUAGAAGAAUGUUACCGAAUGUGUUUCCGUCGGGUGCUGAAGCGAUAUGAUGAAGCAUUUUAAGCCUGUGUGUAUAUGCACUGAUCUCUCUGCUGCGUGUGUGUGUGUGUGUGUGUGUGUGUGUGUGUGUGUGUGUGUGUGGCUUGGUUAUUACCAGUCAAUUUAAACCUACUGAAG